AUGGCAUGGAUAAACUUGAUGCUUAUCGUUUCUCAAUCUCGUGGUCCAGGAUCUUCCCAACCCCCGUCACCGUCGCCGACCUUCGGUGUCGACCCGACCCAACCUCCGACUCUGACCUUCGGUCCCCGGUGCCGACCCCCGUCGCCGCUCCCCGCUGCCCUCCGUCACCGACCUCCGGUUCCAAUCUGCUCUCCCUCCCUCCAUUCAUACCCCCCCUCUCCGUCCAUACCCCCCCUCCGGUGCCGGCGGGAUACAACAGCCCCCCUCACCUCGGUCUCCAGCCAGCUGCCGCUCGGUCUCCAGCCGCCAAUUCGGUCUCCAACAGCCGAAGCUCGAUCUUCAGCCGCAGCUUCGCCUGCACCCGCCGCUCGGUCGCCAGCAGCCGCAGUACCCAAACGACGACCAGUUCACUCGGUCUCCAGCAGCCGCAACUCCAUCUCAGCACCGGAAUCCCCCGGAACCCGGUCAACGCUGGGUUUUGGUUUCGAGCUUGGUUUACAAGCGUAA